UCCAUAUUAGUUCCAUAACGUCGAAGAAAACGGCCGUGACCUACUUUAAGGUUUACGUGGGAAGACAAACCACAAAAACCUUUGCUCGAAACGGCCUAGAGCGGGAGAGGUGAUUGAGUGCGAGUCUUCACCUCGACUCUCGUCCACCGCCUACGGGCUUCGACAAUUCCGAGUUCUGUUACCAGAAAGUUAUUCGGUUGAUAGUUAAUUACCUUCAGAGUUCAUAAGUACGACGCCCAGUCAGUUAAUCAGUCCGGGUUGUUUACUUGGCUGAGUUUCUGCCUCGUAUCGUAGCAAUUUGAAGCCGGAAUAGUCAUUAGUGCCCAAUCCCUGACGAUGAUGAUAUUUUUUGACUGUUGGUCUGUAUAAACUACUACAGAUUUUCAAAAAAAAAAUUGUACCUUGAUCGUGAAUUUAAGACUGUUUUAUCUAACAUUACUUCCGCAGAAGUUUAAUUAAUUAUUUAAGCCUCUGCGCCUGAAUCCAGAGAGUGUUUACGUCGAUAUAUUAAACCAUAUCAGUAUUUAUGCUGGUAAACUAAGCUCACGAUCUACCUUGUGGCCAAUAUGUCGGCACGCUCUUUUAAUAAGCACGAAUUGCCGACAGACACGCGACCUGCAGACAAGAACACUGACAAACGUGGAUAAUAAGUCAGUUGUAUCUCGGGCACGGUAAAAGUGUAACCUCGUAAUAAUUCCGCGGAGGUUUUUCUAUAAUCUCGUGACUUGCAAAUAACAUUAACAGUGAAACCUCGUUGUAACGCUUUUGCACGAAGUUUUGUUGAAAUCGACGAGUAACAGUCAAAUUUCAAAGAGACAAAUUUUAGUUUAACCAAUUAUUUAAAAAAAAAACUGUGAACCUGAUAUUUUCAACACUUUUUAAUUCAAAAUUGCAGUUUAAUUUUUUUAAUAGAUAAAAUAUGUUUCCUAUUGCUCUCCCUUCGAACGUUUACUCCCAGAAGAGAGAUUUUAAAACAAGCAAAAUUAAUUAAAAUGGAACGGUAGACUUGCAGUUUUCUAUCCAUUGGUCAAAAUACAAAAAUAAAAAAUCUUUUUAAAAACCUGAACAUAUGAAAUCACAUGCUGGAUACAAAUUUCUACAGGCGCGCACAGCGGAAGAACGUCUUCAUUUUUUCGAAUGGAACAAAUAGUUGCCAAGGAUGUCACAAUGCGCUUGUGGGUGAUGGGGAACAACAACGGUAGGCGUGGAGACACAAAGUUAACAGAGAGGGAUCCAUUCGGCUUGAGGAAUCUUCCUAUGGACGUCGCGAACUCAGAAUCAGAGCAGCGUGAUAUCUUCUACACCAAUAUGGCGCCUGCCUUGGAGGUCCUGAGGGCUAUGGGAGCUUUGCCGAUUCAGACUCUUCGUGUCAACAGGAAUUCUUUUUCUGGCCGUAGACUGACCUCGCCGGUGAUGCUGUGGUCUGCGAGCAUGUACGCCGGGCUGCUCACGGCUCUUUGGUUCGCCUACAGCCAGGGUUUCGUCACCACGCUUAACUCACAGUCCUUUGAGACCACGCUGAUUGGCUACCUUGAUCUCGCUUACCACCUCAUCGACCUGGCGGUGCCUUUCAACAACUGGAGGGAGGCUCGGUUGGUCGCACAGUACAUGGCGAGCUGGUCCGCCUUCCAGUCUCACUAUCGCGUCGUGACGGGGCGCUCUCUGGAGGUGAACUUCAGGAGACGGGCCGUUGUGCUUACCGUUGUCUUGGUAAUGGUAACAUGUGGGCGUGAAACCAUGUAUCAGGUGCUGGAGAAUAAUUUGGACAACUACUUGGUACUACUCACGUAUUGGUACCAGGCAUUACUACGUGACACCAUGGGUCUCACUUGGUACUUAUUAUGCUCUCUGCUGCAAAAGACUGCCCAGAGCCUGACCACUAGCUUCCAGAAGGACGUUGACACUGCGGUUCGCCCCUCGCUGGUGAUAGCGCGGUACAACACGCUGUGGCUACAAUUGAGUCGCGUGGCGCGUCAGACCGGCAUAGCCAUGUGUUAUACCUACGGCUUCUACGUGCUGUACCUGUUCCUGAUGACCACCGUCUCCAUGUACGGCCUCAUCUCCUGCCUGGAGCAGGGAAUCGAGCAGCGCGUUAUCUACCUGGCCGGCGACAGCCUGAUCACGGGCACCGAACUCUUCAUCGUCUGCGACGGCGCGAAUUCCGUUACCCGGGAGGUGGGACUCACAUUCCAAGGCAAGCUCUUGGACAUCAGAAAUGCACCAAUAAGCGACAAGGUGGAAAAGGAGGUUGAUGCCUUCUUGAGAGCAAUCGAAUUGCGUCCUCCGGAAAUCAAUUUUGGAGGUUACGUCACCGUGAACAGAGGAAUGCUGUUAUCCCUGGGAUCUAUGAUGGUAACGUACCUCGUGGUAUUGCUGCAGCUCGACUUGUCCAAACCACAGAUUCUUAGAGACGCCGUAAAUGUAACCUCACCAACGACCACUGACGAUGUUUCAGCUUAACUCCCA